UCUGCCACAAAACAAAGUAUAAAGUUACCAAAAAACAAAGAAAAAUUGGUUCCCUUACUCCAACUCCAAGACAAUUAAGAAGAAGAAGAAGCAGAAAAAACUCUGUGAAAGUAGCUCUCCAAUUCCUUUCCCUUUUUUGUUUUCUUCUUCUCUUUCUAUCUUGUCCUCCUUUUCUUUCCCAAGCUCUCCAAAAAUCCCAUCUUUUUCAAAGACUGAGUUAGCUAGGACCUCAUAAUCAGUUUAAAACACUGUAUUUAUUGACCUAUCCUAAGUUUCUCAAGUCUCUCAACUAUGCAAAAAAACAACUUUGCUUUCUUUGGACCCCAUUUUUCCAUGUUUGGUUUUGUCACUUUCGCUGCUGUGAAUUAAACAUAGAGAGGAAUCGGUGGUGAGAGAAAGAGAGACGAGAACGAUUCUGUGUUUUCUGAGGGAGCAAAUGGACGGUGUAGAUGGAACGAGGAGAAGGCGGAGGAGUCUAAAAGAACGGCUGGGAUUGAAAGGAAUGGGCUGUUGUGGGACCACCUGGGUUUUCGGUGGGACCAAUGUUAGAGACAACAACAUCGUCGACGACGACGACGACGACGACGAAGAAGAAGACGUGGUUGUUAUCGAUGUGGGCCUGGGCCAGGCUCCACCGGGUCAGAACCCGGAUCCGCUUUGCGUGAGCCCGGUUACGUCGGGUUCGGGUAUGAACUUAGCUGCCGCGUUGGCAGCUGAGAGACAACUUCGUGCGUCGCAUGAACCGGAGAGAGUGGCAUCAGUGGGGCCUACAGACAGCACCGUAGGGGGGACGACGUCAGCACCGGGAACGCCGUUCAGGGUUUCGUUGAUGAGAUUGCUGGAGGAAACGGACGGUGGAGAUGAGGAGACGACGAUGAUGACGGAGAAGGAGAAAGAGAGAGAGAAAGGUGGAGUGGAGGGGAAUGAUUCGGUGUGCUGCGUGUGCAUGGUGAGGAAGAAAGGCGCAGCGUUCAUACCAUGUGGGCACACUUUUUGCAGGGUGUGUUCGAGGGAGCUUUGGUUGAAUCGAGGUUCGUGUCCCCUCUGCAACCGUUCGAUCCUCGAGAUCCUUGACAUUUUCUGAUUCCAUCUUUAUCCACGUGGUGCCUCCUGAUUCGUCAUAAACUGUGUUUUUUUUUAUUUUAUUGUUUUUUUUUACUGUGGGGUAAAUUUUCCCAAGGAAUUCAAUACUGCAAUUCUGUUUUACUGUGUAAAAUGAAAUUUGAUGGAUUUAUUAUAUAUAUAUA